AUGUCAAAUCAAAAUGCUUCUAUUGCAUACUUUGGACCUGCAGGCUCAUACACUCAUCAGGCAGCACAUGAAAGAUUCGGUAAUGAGAUUCGUUAUAUUCCACAAGUGACCAUUGCUGAUGUUUUUGAAGCAGUCGAGAAAGGUCUUACAACUUAUGGAAUUGUACCUUUUGAAAAUUCUACAUUCGGAUCAGUUGUUACGACUCUUGAUAAAUUUAUUAACACUGAAACUCAAAUAAUCGAGGAAAUUUGUUUGACUGCCUUUGGUCAGUGUCAAAAUUGGUUAGAUCAACAUCUUAAACAUGUUGCACGUGUGGAGUCUUCAUCCACUAGUCAUGCAGCUGAAUUAUCUGCUUCAGAACCUGGCUCUGCUGCAAUAUCAAGUAUCAUAUGUUCAAAAUUAUAUGGUUUGAAGGUAUUGGAAACAAACAUUCAGGAUAAAAAUGAUCUCAACAUUGGUCUAACAAAAAUUGAUUCAAGGCCUUCGUUACAAAGAUUAUGGCAUUAUGUAUUUUUUGUUGAGUUGGAGGGUAACAAAGAUGAUUAUAAAAUUCAAAAGGCGUUAGAUAAUUUAUGCAAAUAUUGUAUGAAUUUAAAGGUUUUGGGAAGUUAUUUUGAUAAUAGAGUAUUUUUAUGA